CCCGCUGGGGCGGGGCCGGGCCGGGGCGGAGCGGGAGCGGAGCGCGGCCCCGUCAUGGCCAAGCACGUGUUUCUGACGGGACCCCCAGGGGUUGGAAAGACUACUUUGAUCCAGAAAGUUACUCAAGCUCUAAAGUCCUCAGGUGUUCCCAUUGAUGGAUUUUACACACAGGAAGUUAGAGAAGGUGGCAGGAGAACAGGAUUUGAUGUUGUCACUCUGUCUGGAAACCGAGGACCUUUAUCUAGAGUCAGUUCCAGUUCUGAUUCUUCUGCUUCAAGACGUGAAUACCGGGUUGGACAAUAUGUUGUAGACCUUGUUUCAUUUGAGCAGUUGGUUCUACCUAUGCUGAGAAAUGUAAACCAUGGUGGUGACACAGAGAAAAGAAUUUGUGUCAUAGAUGAGAUUGGUAAAAUGGAACUCUUCAGCCAGGCUUUUAUUCAAGCUGUUCGUCAAACGCUCGCUGGCUCAGGGACUGUGGUGCUUGGAACUAUUCCAAUACCUAAGGGAAAGCCACUGGAUCUUGUUGAAGAAAUAAGAAGUAGGAAAGAUGUUAAAGUAUUCAAUGUUAGUAAGGAAAACAGAAACAGCAUUUUGCAAGACAUCUUGGCAGCUGUGGAAUCCUGCAGAAAAUGAAGACCUUUUCGGUCCUGUAAACACUAAAGCUUUCAUUUCAACAAAACAUUACAACAUUUCACGGAUGGUUUAGAGUCUGUCCUUCCUGCUUUAGUCCCCUGGAGGCUUUACUGGAGCCUUCAGGGUAAGCAGGGUAAAGCUGGUAAUACUCUAAAAUGGGAUAGCAGGAUUGUAAUUUAUUCAGUUCACUGAAUUAAAAAAAAAUUGAACAGAUGUGUAGCUAACAUCCAGUUCUAAUCUGGGUGUUUGGAAGCUAUUGGUCAACUGUGAUCUGAGUUACCUCACAUGAAAACAAUUAACUACAAAAUCUGUUUGAGAUCUUAGUCUUUCUGAGUGUGUUUGGACUGUUCUGCCUACAGAUCAAUUAAAUAUCUGCAAUAUAGCCCUGGUGCAACAGAACAGAACCCUGUCCAAAAUGUGUCUGAGUCCUGCCUGGUUUAUGUAGGAGUAUUUAGCUGUUGGUGACCCAGCUUAGGUGUGUUCAGGUGUGUUUCAGCAUGGGUGCUGACAAAUCAGCAGGUAGAGGGAAUAAGCAGAUAUGCUCCCUCCUCCUACCCCCAGGCCCCCCUGUCUGCAGUUGCAGUAUAAGAAGGGUUAUCCAGAGUUUCAAGGAAACUUCCUGUAGUCACAAGUGACAUGUACAGAAUUCCAUUUUGGGGGGAAAAAUUGCCAAAUCUACUCUCUUUUUCAUGGCCCAGACACUAAUUGAUAAGACUGUAUUUUGAAUUAAUUAUCAAUUUUCUGAUGGCAGUCCUGUCCCACACCUCUUUACAAAUAUCUAUAAAAAUCUUCAAGUCCAUGAAGUUCAUUGCAUCUUGUGUUUUUCAUGCUGAAUUUAAGUCACGAUAAAUACUGCAUUUGUCUAUAUUAAUUUUACAAUCUGUUAUGUUUAUUGAUACUUAUGUUUGUUUGGGUUUUUUUCCUUAUUCAAUUCUCUACGUGCUUAAUGGUGAAAUAGGAAGUGUUUGAGAAUAUUAGACAAUGUGUUUCCCUGUGAGGAGUGCAAAUGUGUUCAGCAAAAGUGCUGCCAGUUAAUCAGUUUUGCAUGUUUUGAAAACAGAACUCCUUCCCAGGUGCACGCUGUUCAUUAUAAAAUUUAUGGUCAUCUCUGGCUAAGGAAAGUUCAGUUGUUUUUUAACUUCUUUCUGUUCAGUUCAAUGACUGUUAAAAUGAACAAACUAUUUAAAGGCA